GAAAGAGUUGCUACAACAUACGCGGAUACAGGACAAAUUGACAGCGUGUUCCACAUCAAAGGGAUUAAAGCGUUAGAUGCGUAUGCAUGAGUUCUGCAUCGAAUGGGCGCAAGAACCGCCCCAGAUCAGCCGGGAAUAUUUUUCAAAUAAGCAAGCCUCCGUACUCGGAGCGCAAGGAUAGCGAAGCUCAAUGCGCCGUUGGAGACUGCAGAAUGAUUGUCCAGGAGUUCAAUACCCUUGUGGCACUGUAUCGCGAACUAGUCAUCUCUAUUGGAGAGCUGUCAAGGGAUUGCCCCAGUCUUCGAGCAGAGAUGCAUAAGACACGCAUUAAGGGCUGUGAGAUGGCACAAACCGCACACCAGCGCUUAACAGCCAUAUCCUGCCCAGAGGAUGGUGAGAUCCAGCCGGAGAUCUGCAGGCUCUUCAUCCAGCUGCAGUGCUGCCUGGAGAUGUACAUCACGGAGAUGCUCAAGUCUGUCUGUCUGCUGGGGUCCCUGAAGAUCCACAGGAAAGGUCAGACUUCCUCUGCUCUCCAAAGGAUGGAUAGCAAAGUGGAGGACACCUCAGAUAUCCCCAUCUUAGAGGACACGUCCUCAUCUCCUGUGGAAAGCUCGCAGGCUGGCCUCCUCGUAGCCACGGACAUCGACAACUCAGAAAGGGACAUGAGAGAGAUGAAGAACCUUCUAAGCAAACUCAGGGAGACAAUGCCUUUACCACUCAAGAACCAAGAUGACAGCAGCUUGCUGAACCUGACUCCCUAUCCACUGGUUAGACAAAGAAAGAGGAGAUUCUUCGGGCUGUGUUGCCUCGUCUCAAGCUAAGCGGCCCUUCCAGACACAGCAGGAUAAUAACAACAUCCUCAAUAAUCCUUUAGCACUUGCCACUCCUCACUCAGUAUACAGUAUACUGCCAUCUCCUGUGCUUUUUUUCUCUGCCUAUCUCAUUUUUAAACUAUACAAACAUAACUGUAAUAUAGCAAAUAGUCCAAAACAAAUAGUCAUUAACUUAAAUGUAGUAUGUUAUUGCUGUUGAAUGAAAGCCGUUCAUUUCUGAAAGAGGAAAGAAAAGACUGUCUGCAUUUAAGCAUUAGUGAUGUGAUACAGGCAAGCAGGAAGUAUUCAUAUUGCAAUUGGGAUGUGUUCAUAAUCAAAUUGAUUUUUCAUUGAACAUCCAGAUAAGACUUGCUAGAUUUUAGGGUUAUGCGUGAGAAAGAGUCACAACUAAGUCUGUCAUCAUUUUGAUAUUUAUUCUUUAGGACUCUGACAUUUAAAUAUCUCCCCACAUCAUAAUUAUGAUGAAUGUUUUCAUUAGACUAAGUUGAUUGAUUGACUGCGAUGGAUUAAAAAUGGACCAAACUAAUUUCAAAUGCAGGUGACAACAGAACUCUGCUACUAAAGCCUAAAGGCAACCAAAUGUACUCAACCUAUGUUUAGCCAGCUCAUGUGCAAUAUCAGUGACAUACACACACCAUGAGAGUAACACCUUAUUUAUUAUUUAUUAUUUUGUAGCCAAUGUUUAGACACUGGGAAGUUUUUUUUAAUCACGAGGACCAUUCAGAAUCUUUUAACUUGAAUCAUACAGUUAGUUCAACAAAAUACAUGGAACUAAGUGCAAUCGCAUCUUUCUCCAAUAUCUGAGACAUAUCUCCCAGUGUCACACAAACAGUGUGAACUUUGCAAGGUGUGCGCUGCACUACAGUUUAUUUGGUUAACUCUCUGUCAUAACCCUACUAGGUAUCGUGUAGGUGUGAAAACCCUACCAGGCGGUGACUGCAAGUUUGUAACUGUAAGUGUAUCAUCUGAACGGCACGGCUAUGGUUACAAUUCCACUCCCAAAUUCUGUCAUGGCCGAGUUUGUGACGGCAAAGCAGGUGGGAAAUGAGCAGCCUCUUCUGAACACUUGAGAUGACACAGUGGUAAGGAUGCAUAUUUAUAAGCCCAGCGGAACCAUUGAGCUGGGCUUUUGAACUCACUGACAGCUCUUAAAAAGGAGGAUGAACUGUAAGCCGAACUAUGUAUGUUUUUUUGUUAUUAUUAUUAUUUUAUUUUAGCUAUACAUAUACUUUAGUCUUCCAUGAACCGAGAACCUGUACGAAGAGUUUUCCUUUCCCACCACUCGGUGAAUACAAUACCUGCAUAGCCUUUGUGUACACACAUUAAGUGGUAAUAGUGGAGCACUCAAGAUUUGUUUGUGUAGAGUCAGUUCAGCAGGUUAGAGGUCUUAGGGGUGACAGGACAGCCUAAACCUGAUGCACAGACUGGACGUGCACAGCAUGGGUCUUGCUUAUUAUCAAUAACUGCUUCAAAUAUGUCAAGGCAUGGUGUAAAGGUUUCUGUAGUGCAAACAAAUGCUCUCUGUCAUUUUACAUGGGUAAUAAAACACUGUUUUUUAUUUACAACAGAA